GCCAUCCUUAGGAGUUAGCGGCAAACAAUACACCAUUUCAACCAAUCUUUGUCAAUUAAAUCCAUUUCUAUUCUCUGUUUCUUAACAAAUAUCCUCUGCUUCGAACUUGAACAACCAUGGCUCUGAUUCCAAGCAUUUUCGGUGGCCGCCGGAGCAACGUCUUCGACCCCUUUUCAUUGGACGUUUGGGAUCCCUUCGAAGGAUUCCCAUUUUCAAGCUCAUUGGCCAACCUCCCUUCCUCUGCUCGUGAGACCUCUGCUUUUGCCAACACUCGCAUCGACUGGAAAGAAACCCCAGAAGCCCACAUCUUCAAGGCCGAUCUUCCUGGAAUCAAAAAGGAAGAAGUCAAAGUUGAAGUGGAAGAGGGCCAAGUGCUGCAAAUCAGUGGGGAGAGAAGCAAAGAGCAAGAGGAGAAGAACGACAAAUGGCAUAGAAUCGAACGAAGCAGUGGGAGGUUCAUGAGGAGAUUCAGGCUGCCCGAGAAUGCUAAGGUUGAGGAAGUGAAGGCCAACAUGGAGAAUGGAGUGUUGACUGUGACAGUGCCUAAAAUGGUAGAGAAGAAGCCAGAAAUCAAGUCAAUUGACAUCUCCGGCUAGACAUCAACACAUCGUUCCUUCUGAGUUCUGCGCUUUGCAUUCUACCUAAUGUUCGUUAAAUAAAUUGUGGAAGAAUGAGCUUUGUUGGUGUGUUCUGCAAUGUUUAUAACUUUGUAUACAUGAAAAGUAUUUGGCAUUUCUUAAGCUUCUGUUCUUCUUCCAACAUAUGAGUUUCUGUUCUUCCUCGAACAUAUUACAUAGUAAAUGUUUCAUCCAAUUACAGUUC